GAAAACGUUUUUGGAUCUUGUAAUUAUAUCUAGUACUAAUUUCAUUUGAAAGUGCUAAUCUUGAAUUAACCUCUUUUAGCACAAUGAAGUAUGUUCUUGUUGUGAUAACACUGUGCAUUGCAAUGUUAAUGCCAGUAAACUGUGCAAUGAAUUCAGAAAAAACACACACAAGAUAUUCUGUAAAGAUGUCUGCGUUUUCAUGGGACAACUGUGAAAGAAACAGCCCAAUAGUUGUGAGUUCUCUGACUGUGUCCCCGGACCCCAUCACCAUCCCAGGGAACCUAACUGGCAGUGCAUCUGUUUCCACAACGGUUGACCUGGCCAGCCCCCUCGCUGCAAUUAUAUCCGUGGAGAAGAAAACCUUUGGGACCUGGAUCAAGAUCCCAUGUGAUAUCUGCACCUACACAGACGUGUGUACUCUGUUGAACCAGCUGAUGCCACCAGAAGAGGGCUGCCCGAAGCUCUUCAAUGGCCAAAUAUGUCACUGCCCCUUCAAAGCUGGGGAGUACAAAGUGUCAAAGACUAACGUCUCCAUCCCGGACCUGAACCUGCCUAGCUUCCUGACCAAUGGAAACUACAGGGUACAGGGAGUCUUGAGAGCUAAGGAAAAAGUGCUGGGUUGCCUUAAAGUGUCCUUUGCCCUUCAAUCUAAAAAGUAUGGCGGACGUUAAGGUUUAAUCGCUUAAGUUGAAUCAUAAUGCAUGGCUGCUUACUGCACUGCUAUAAAAGUAGCAAUCUAAGGGUUUCUUUUAAUGUUCAGUUUUUGACAUGUAUAAUUUUAGUCAUUUCUUGUAAUGGGAAUUUCACCGCCUGUUGGCUUGUACUGCAUGUGGGCAAUUCU